GGCUCUUUCUUGUCGCUGUGGCUUUUACACUUGAAAGCUACACAAUUCACCAUUGUAACAAAGUUUAUACAAAGUUCACUACACACAACAAACUAUUAAAAAUCGCUAAAAUUGUCGCUGGUGACUGGAUGAUGACUCACUGUUUGGCAUCAAACGAAUGGCGUCUAACGUCACAAAUUCUACUACAGCCCGUACAGGGGCGUUACAUGUCCUUAUAUUCUUUAGUCAUUGAUGCCAUGUCAUUUUUUUGUUUAUGUUAAAAAGUUUGUUCAUAAUGUUUAUUAUUACUGCGAAAGGGAUUAUCAGCUUAAACUCUAUAAAGUAAAACUGUUCUACAAUCAAGACUAAAUAAGUUAUUUGCACAGUACCAUGAAAUUGACCGAACAUGGAUCCAUUAUUAAGAAUUGCUUCUGUAAUGUUAUUAUUAACUUUAGGAUUUUAUGGCUGUGUAGGAAACGUAGAUAUGAAAAAUAUAUCGAACAAUUUAAGCCAAGACCUCAAUGCCUUAAAAACUGAAGAAUUAGGAGUGUCUUUUAUUGAGAAACUAUUUAGAAAUUUCAAAUUGUAUGCCAAUGACGAAGACUUAAUUAUCAACACAUCAAGAGCAAUGGCUCAUAAAUUAGAGAAUAAAAUAAACAACAUAUUUUCUGCAAUAAACAAUGCAACACUACUUUUAGACAAUCUAUUGUCGAAUCGUCUGGAAUCCUUUUCAGUAUUGCUGCCUUGUACUUCAGACAAAAAUAGUGCAUUUGAUGUUCUUAUUUCUAGUAAUUUAAUUAAUAAUCACAGUAUAAAUGAAUAUUUUGGAUCGAAAUACAUUUUAUAUGAAAUGAGAAGGAAUAUGACAUUAAUUCCCAAUGCCUUAAAGCAGCAAUAUUUUAUGUCAGACAAAGACAUAAGGAAUAUUCAAUAUUCUCCAUUUUCGCAGUGUUCUGAUCAUGAUGAAAAUAUUGUUUGGAAGAAUUAUAUGUCGCAUCAGAAAUAUCAACGAAAAAAUGUUAUUUUGGUAUUAGAUCAUGGUGGAUCUUUGAGCUACAGACAGUUGCAAAUUGCUAAGACAAUAGCUAAAGCGACAUUGAAGUAUCUGGAGGAGCACGAUAGAGUAGCACUCAUUGCCGUAGCAUCUGAUUGGUCAUACACACAGACUGGAUGCACAGAUGAAAAAGGAAUAAAACCAAGCAUUUUUUUACAAGAUGCCAAAGCAGGAUAUUUGUCCAUGUUGGAUUCAUUUAUCGAUUCACUUAACAGGGGCAGUGGUGCCACUAAUCAUGUGAUUGGAAUGCAAAAGUCGCUAGAUGUUAUACUAAAUACGCAAGAUUUUGGUGAACAGGAUAUGGUGAUGGUAACUUAUAUUAGUCGUGGACUGUUGUCUUCCCUUACUGAAGCACGAAGUGUUCUUAAAAUUAUUGCACAACAGACUGAAGAUAUUAAACUUCCUGUCUAUAUACAUACAUGUGCUGUUAUUGAUGAGUCGAAGCCAGUGAUGUAUGAGACUCACUUUCUGAAGGACAUAGCUCAUCAGAACUUUUCCAAGUACAAUAUUACUACAUAUAAUAGAUUUCGAUAUCCUGGUUAUAUGUUGACAGUAAAUAAGACUGAUGAUAUAGGUUUUGUUAUUAAUAGAUUUUUUAGCAUUUUUAAUACAGGUUUUCUAUUUAAAACCGAUAAACAAAUUUCUUUGCCAUAUUGGGAUCCCCAGAGUAAAGAUUUAACGGUAUCUUUUACUAGUGGAUGGAUGUCAAAUAAUAAUUUUGUCAUGUUGGGAACUGAUAUAUUCUUUUCGAAUAUAGGCGAAGAUUUAAGUUACUACAGUAGUAACCAGCAGUAUUCUUAUGCAUUUAUGACUGAUUUACAAGGUAAAGUGCUUCUUCAUCCUUCCAUUUCGAGGCCAUCUGUCGUAAAUUACCAAAUUUCAUUUAUCGACGUUAAGUAUCUGGAAACGGUCGACUCUAUCAACAUUCUACGAAAAAAACUUCUCACAGAACAGGAAGGGACUUUUAGGACUAAAAAUAACAACAAUGAGACGUUACAAUAUGCUUGGACAAGGGUAGGCCAGUGGUAUGUAGUUUGUAUUGUGCUAAAUGAAAGCCACGAAUAUUUUAACAAACCUUUCAAAGCAUCGCCUAGUGCAUCGGUGAAAAAAUUAUUGUACCAAAAUUUAGAGGGAUCCGAAAAUUACAAGUUCUGCAGGCAUUUAAAUCAAAUAGCCACUUUAGAUGUAGCAUCAUUAUACUUGAGCAGUUCUUGUUUUCAAUCACCUUUUUCCGCUUCCAAAGCAACUCAAGACAAACUAAUUGUCCAAGGAUACUUAGCUUACCUUAAAGACGACACUAGGUUACUGACAAACCCCGGUUUAAAAGACGCGGUUAGGGACGAAGUGGCCGCGUUGGCGCACGUUUUGGACUUUCUCCGAAAAAGACACCUUUCUUCCGAAAUGUCCAAAUACAUCGUAAGAAGAUAUGCCUCUUCUUACAGCGGCGUGCUGCAGAUGUUUCCCGGGAGCGUUUUGGCCCCAGGCUUGGAAACGACGAAGAGGCCGUGGUUUUUACGGGCGCUACAACAUCCGAACAAAAUAAUCCUUAUUCCGCCCUAUUUAGACAAGGGGGGCGCAGGUUAUAUAGUGACAAUAGCUUAUGCAACCCCGUACGUUGUUAGCGCCAUCGACGUUACUCACGGCUAUAUGUUAAAGAUACUUUUGAAACAUAUGCCGCAUUGUUUGAGUGAAAAAGUUACUUGUUUUCUUACAGACGAUCAGGGCUAUAUUAUUUAUCAUCCGAAGCUCAUGGAUUUCGACGAAAAAAAGCCUAUAGAGCAACAACACAUCGUUCAUCGAGAAUCCUUAAUUGCCAACGACAUACUUAGCCAUAAACACUUCAUUAGGAAGCUGUUGUGCAAUAAUUACGCGGAUAACACUAUACAACGAUACUACAGACUGAAUACAAGUUAUACAGACGUUUUGGCCAACCUCGUUCCCGGUGAACACGGCGUAACAUAUCGUAUAACUUCCGUGCCGGACACGAACAUAUUUAUUGGAGUGGUGAACGCUUCUAGCGACGUAGUAGCUACGUUUUGCCCCUGCAACGUCGUAGAUCGUUUGUGCUUUAACUGCAACCGCAUGGAAGAGAAGGAAUGCGAGUGCCCUUGCGAGUGUUCCUUAGAAUCCGAACCGAAAUCUUGCCAAGAAAAUAACCAGAACCAAACCGAUAACGCACCUUGUAAGUGGUACGCGGAAGAAACUCCUUCUGUCGAAGCAAACUUCGCUUCAGACGUCGAUAAUAAGCUCGAACAGUGUUUCCCGAUAAACUGCCAAAACGAACGAACUCAGAUGAGUUGUCUGGGCGUCAUAGGUUGUGAGUGGUGUAAAUAUGAUAUAACUAAAGAGCUUCUUAAGAAACCGUUUUGUUCCUCUUUAAUUGCGUGCUUUAACGGUGUUUAUGGAUCGGCUACUCCUUAUAGAGGCCCUAAUGAUUUGACUGACACUCCGGAAUCGGAAUUUUCCCCUCUAGGACCUAUCCUAGGUCUUAUUAUUGCUAUGUGCAUGUUGUUUAUUUUACUCUAUAUUUGUUACCGUUCCUAUACGAAUCCUUCAGUAGAUAGGUUGUAUUUGUCUUCGACGCACGAUCAGCUCAGAAUGAGUGACGUAAACGUCAACGACAACUAUCAUGAUUUGGGUAAUCACAGAGACAAACUUCUGAAAGAAGAUUGUCCUGCGCCUGACCCCAUAUCUCCUUAUUGUGUGGCUACGAAUUACAGAAGGAAUAAUGCAGCGGCUGAUUCGGAUCAUGGAUAUUCAACUAUGACCCCUCACGAUGAAUCUGAACAUCUCUCUUUAGCUCCUAUGGAGGUAGAUUCGCUGGAAGAUGACGUUCUGUCGGAUAGCACGUCUGUCCAUACGAGUUUGUCGUUUAAGAACAACCCGUCUCAUGUAGUUUCACCUGUAUUUACCAAAAUACCCUACAGGAACUGUAUGGUUGUACCUGUUACUGUACAUAGAAACAUGGAAACUACUUAGUGUCGCUUCAGUUUUAGAUGUAUUGUUUGCCUAUAGCUUUGUCUAAAAUUCACGAGCUUAUUUUAUAUUUCAAAGUUCAAGUUUAAGAAAUUUAUCUAAGAAUAUUGGGUUUACUCACAUAUGAGAAACAUGUCACAUAGGAAGAUUAGAUAUCUGUGGAACUAAAAAGUAACCCAUUCUCCCUUGAACACACGAAAAAAAUAUAGUACCUGAGAAGUUAUUAAAACGAAAAUAUAAUUCUGAUGAAACUGCCACUGGGUGUCUCCGAAAUAUGUGCAAGUAUUUUAAGGGGUGGUAGAUCUGGUAAAAAGAAACAUCUGUUCUAUCGUAGAAGGUGGCAAAAUUGCAUUCUCUACAGACUCCUUAAAUACAUUUCUGCCGAAUUAAUAGUGGCACUCAAAAGUUUUUCAACAUUUUCCGGAAAAUGUCAAUAGAAAAUUUCAAUUUUUUUUUUCACAAAAAAACUUCAUGGGCGUUUUGCUGGGGUGGAACGUCGAACUAUACUACUAGUUAAAAGUUAAAAUACUUGCUUAUUUCUAAGACACCCUGUAUAUAUACAGGGAUUUUUUCAAAUUCUUUUACCAGGACGAUCGGUCUUGUUUGUAAACAGAAGCAGAAUAAAUAUUUUCAUUAGCGGUAUAAAUAUAAAUGUUAUAUAUUUUCUGCUAAUCUAAUUUAAAACUAAGCUGACUGUAUAUAUGGUGAACCAUAAACAAUGUUCCACCAUUUUUAGCAAUAAAAUUUUAAAGCAUUUAUCUGUGAACCUCCUCAUUGCCACUUGACAUGUAUGUAAAACUGUUUAUUUAAAUAUUGUAUAGUUUUAUUAUUAACGCAAAUAUUGUGACAACGUCUUAAUACUAAGCUUUUAUGAUUAUUUAUAUUGUAGAUUUGUCUCACUAAUUAAAAAAAUAAUUUAAUUUAAGGUGCUACUUCAUUUCAUUUCUUUUACUUUACCAAAUACAGUAUUUUAAAAACGA